AUGGCGACACAGACGCAGGGCACGCUCGCGAUGGCAGAUGAUGAGAUCGUCGCUUCAACGUCACGCCAAUUGACGCCCAAGAACUCUUUAACACACGAUAACGAGGUAGAAGAAUGCAAGAAUAUGAGUGAACAAGAGCGAAUGUCCCGAGUGCGCUGUGUACUUUGCGGUUUGGCAGCCAAUCCGGCGAUUCGCCUCGUACGUUGCAAAAGCUGCAGUAGCCCAUUCCAUGCCCAUUGUGCGAGUUUACCACUUCCACCUGAGGAUGUCAAUCUCUUUUGCCGUCAUUCAUGUUAUGCCACAUUUAGUAAACAACAGCAAUCAAAGAGCUUUGUCUUUCGGAAUGGAGAUUAUCCUCGACUUGCAACGCAGAUUCAAAGCGUGUUGCAAGAAAAGUCGGAUCGAUUGCAAAUACGUCGACAACUUUUGCUGCAAAAUGUGAGCCCUGUAAGAAACACUGGACGUGGACGGGGACGUGGACGUGGAAGAGGUAGAGGACGUACAGCAGGGAUUAAACGGGCCCUGCUAACAGAUACUGACGAGAGACUCAGGUAUAGCCACCCUCAUGUGUCGUCAAUGGAUCAAGAACAUGCAGAAACCAUCCCAGUCUCCACUUUAAAGAGUUCAAGUGGCUUGUCUUAUCCACGACAGGUUACCAUGACAGAGCUCACUAGCAAUAGUAAUAACAAUACGCCGCAUCGAGAGGAUAACGACAGGAAUUUGCAGCCAUCGCCACGAGCUGUGUCUCCAUCUUCUCGCCGGCCAGUGCGAGGAUUUGACACAGAGCAGGAUAGUCACUUUCACCGUGCACCGCCCAAUGUGUCUAUAUCGUCUACACUGCAGACAUCCCGGCCGACUCGAGGCAAGUAUGCUCCAAUACCGGCGCUUGACCAACAAAGUGCUGAGGGGAUGGAACCACGCUAUGGGGAGUACCCGAUUACAGGUCCUCAUCAAGCACCACAAGAUGAUUCACGCGUGCUCCAAUCGCCUUCGGGGUUUAAUUCCGGGCCAAUGUUUUUGGACGGACGCUCUUCGAGGCAAAUACCACCAGUUCAGGUGGGUCCAGGCAUGCAGCCACCUCAACAGCAAAUGCAAGACAAAGAGGUAUCAACUCGACGUGUGAUCGAAUCUCCCUAUCGCGGGGCAUCAGUUAGUUCAGCGCCACCUCCAGCUCCAUAUACUGACUCCCAUCUUGCGCCAGGUACUAGAAAUGACCCGCCGUCAAAUGCAAACAGCUACGGUUCUCAAGGGCCAUUUCCGCCACAGGCCUCAUCGCAGCUCCCAAAGCGACGCCACACACCUAACAUACCAUGGCGCAAUCCGUCGGCAUUUCCGUCGGGCAUUUACGAGCGAUUUAGUUGCCACUCUGACGAUGCAAACCAUGUCUUCCGGAUCGAUCUUUCGCCCGUUUUCGCUGAUAAGGCUACGACGCUUUAUCAGACAGAGGUCGACUUUUUUUUCGGUGCUUUGAGUCACCUGAUGUGA